AUCAUGGGCUACUCAGUGACGGCUGGGGCCACAGGAAGACUCCUCUUCGGCUACGACAGCUUUGGCAACGUGUGUGGCAAGAAGAACUCCCCAGUAGAAGGGGCCCCUCUUUCGGGACAGGACAUGACCCUAAAAAAACACGUGUUUUUUAUGAAUUCCUGCAACCUGGAAGUCAAGGAUGUGAGGUUCAGUUCCACCGUUCUCUGUGUGUCCAGCUGUCCUGAAGAGCAGCUUAAUACCCUGGAAGAGGUCCAGCUCUUUGCAAACACUACUGGGUCCUUCCUGUGUGUUUAUAGUUUGAAUUCCUUCAACUACACCCAGAAUCCAAAUGCAGACUCGCUGUGCCCCAGGCUACCAGUUCCUCCAAGCAAGUCUUUUCCCUUGUUUAAUCGAUGCAUCCCUCAAACUCCUGAGUGUUAUUCCCUGUUUGCAUCUGUUUUGAUCAAUGAUGUUGACGCCCUCCAUCGAAUUCUAAGUGGAAUAAUGUCAGGAAGAGACACAAUCCUCGGUCUCUGUGUCCUCGCCUUCGCCUUGUCUUUGGCCAUGAUGUUCACCUUCCGAUUCAUCACCACCCUUCUGGUUCACAUUUUCAUUGCACUGAUUGUUUUGGGAUUGCUGUUUGUCUGUGGUGUCUUAUGGUGGCUGUAUUAUGACUACACUAAUGACCUCAGCACAGAAUUGGACACAGAAAGGGAGAACAUGAAGUGUUUGCUGGGGUUUGCUGUUGUGUCUACAGUUAUCACGGCAGUUCUGCUCGUCUUGAUUUUUGUCCUCAGAAAGAGAAUAAAAUUGACAGUUGAACUUCUCCGAGUCACAAAUAAAGCCAUCAGCAACUCUCCUUUCCUGCUGUUCCAGCCACUGUGGACGUUUGCCAUCCUCAUUUUCUUCUGGGUCUCCUGGGUGGCCGUGCUCCUGAGCCUGGGAACUGCAGGAGCUGCACAGGUCAUCGAAGGCGGCCAAGUGGAAUAUAAGCCUCUUUCGGGCAUUCGGUAUAUGUGGUGGUACCAUUUAAUUGGCCUCAUCUGGACUAGUGAAUUCAUCCUUGCAUGCCAGCAAAUGACUAUAGCUGGGGCAGUGGUUACAUGUUAUUUCAACAGAAAUAAAAAUGACCCUCCUGAUCGCCCGGUCCUUUCAUCUCUCUCCAUUCUUUUCUGCUACCAUCAGGGAACAGUUGUCAAAGGGUCAUUUUUAAUCACUGUGGUGAGGAUGCCAAGAGCCGUUCUCAUGUACAUCUAUAACACUCUGAAAGAGAAGCAGCACGGCGCCUGGUCGAGUUGUGUGUCCCGAUGCUGCUACAGCUGCUUCCGGUGUCUUGACAAAUGCCUGGGCCAUUUCAACCAGAAUGCAUACACUACAACUGCCAUUAAUGGGACAGAUUUUUGUACAUCAGCAAAAGAUGCACUCAAACUCUUAUCCAAGAAUUCAAGUCAUUUUACAUCUGUUAACUGCUUUGGAGACUUCGUAAUUUUUCUAGGAAAGGUGCUAGUGGUGUGUUUCACAGUUUUUGGAGGACUGAUGGCAUUUAACUACCACCGUGUGCUCCAGGUGUGGGCAAUCCCACUACUAUUGGUUGCGUUUUUUGCCUACUUAGUAGCCCAUAGUUUUUUAUCUAUGUUUGAAACUGUGCUGGAUGCACUUUUCCUGUGUUUUGCUGUUGAUCUGGAAACAAAUGAUGGAUCAUCAGAAAAGCCCUACUUUAUGGACCAAGAGUUUUUGAGUUUUAUAAAAAGGAUCAACAAAUUAAAUAAUGCAAGGGCACAGAGAGACAAGAACUCAUUAACGAAUGAAGAGGGAACAGAACUCCGGCCUCUGUAAGAUAAGCGCGCCCAUCAGGUAUUUGUACCUGGAAAAAGUUUCCUCCUCCUAAGAGCCGUGCGCAGAAUAAACGAUAGGGCCCAACGUGGACCCUAUUCUUCCUG